AGAUGGCUCUGUUGUUCACAGCGACACCGGCAAUCAAGAGAGCUGUGACAUCAAUCAAUGCUUUAGAAAGCUCCAAGUUUCCACUGUUGCUGACAAGAAUCACACAAAAACUCCAUUUAAAGGAUGACAGAACAUUUAGUGAGGACGAAGAAUCCAAACUACAAGAUGCCCUUGGACUGACAGCAGGUGACCUUGAACUUGUUCUUCAAACUCUUGAGUUUUUCUUGCAACAGGCAGCCUACCAUGCAGCCAAACCAGCAGUGUUUACACAACAGCUACAGCAGCUGGACAUGGAUGAGGACAAGGUGAAAACUGUGGUGGAGGCAUGGACAAGCAGUGGAAGGGAGGUGGUUCAGAGGCUGAGACAACGAACUCUCAACCCCAAACAGCUGGAAGACAUCAAUUGGAGACUCAAUCUGCAAAUGGCCCAGUCAACACAAUUAAAAAUGAAAAUGCCAAAUGCCAUGUUUGAAUUGGGUGUUAAAAAUGAAAAUACAGAUAAACAAGAAAAGAUAAAGAUGGAGUUUACUCAUGAUGAACUUUAUCAGUUUUACACCCAGUUGGAGAUGGUACAGAAGCAGUUGGACAGCUUAAGUUGAUAGCCUGACCUUAUAAGGAAAUUCCAAAUACUACUGUGAUAGGGGAUUAUGCAGGUGGUCAGCUGAUUUGUACUGACCAGGAAAUAUUGUAUACUGACCACAGGACAUGAGAUGUGGAUAUAUGUUCAGUUUGUACAACCCAACAGAACAAGUAUUAAUGCAGUGGGACCAAAGACAUGAACUGUGAGGUUGUAAGAAGUGUGGUCACGAGUAUGGCAUGGCCGUGUUCCUCUAAGAUACUGUGAGGUGUCUUGUUUACAUUGCUAUAAUGGUUUACCUCUAUACCUCUAUACUCACAACCUGCAGUAAAAUCAGUCACUGUGAUUAGACAUUUUAAAACUGGGCUUUCUAAGCUCCCUGCACUACAAUCCAGUCAUCUUCAUUUAUAGGAGUUACUUCCCUUUGACCUUGAAGGCUAGAUCCAUUUCUUCAUGAGUAAAUUUUCAUACAUGUAUUAAUAAAAUAAAACAGACAUUGUGUUAUCAAAGCCCACUGAAUAUUUAUAUAUCACAUGUAUCAAAUUUCAUAAUAAACAUAAUUUAUAUGAACCAGAUCAGUUUGACCGGACUCUGUGUCCAGUAUUCCUUCAUCAUCUAUCAUAGCAGCUAACUUAAUUGGUGAAACCAAAAUGGGAUGUCAUGUGAUGUGUUUACCGAUGUGAAAAAGCAACCUAAUAUGAAUCAGGUUAAUUUGGUGAUCUUGAUCACAAUGUAAAGACGGAUGAUAAGUAUAGGUAUAUACAUGAGUUUUACAUACAUUGGAGAAUAGGUUGUCACUCCAGUACCUUAGUCACGUUUUUAUCACAUAAUUCCCCUGUUAUCCAAUGAAUUCACCCAGGUAAUAAUAUUGCAUAUGUCUAUUACAUACACCCAGGAGCAAUUUUCUUUACCAAUCAGAGAUUGUGAUGUAAUAAUACAUGUAUAAAAAAAUGAUUUUACAUCCUGAAUUGAAAUGAUGCAACAAGAUGUCCGUCUCUGGGUCCGUCUCUGGUGUGAUUUUGCCCUCUACAUUUUGACCAUGAAAUCUGUGAAAAUGUAACGUUUCUGAGUUAUAAAGUUUUCAUUUUACAUGAGAUUUUAUGUUACUUGUCGUGAAAUUUGAUUUUUACCUGCCAAUUCUCACAAAAGAAAAACUUAUAAGAUUCAGUUUUGAAAAAUCUCAUUUGAAGUGAAAAAUCAUACUAGAACUACAUAUAUAUGUGUGUGUAAGGAUAGAAAAAAAUAAAAGUUUUAAAACCAGAAAAAAAAGUAAAUUUUAUUAUGAAGCAACAAUUCCUUACCUUAAUUAUAAUUCACAUAUUAAAUGCACAUAUUGAUGAUUUUUAA